AAAAAUAGUAAGAAUCGUCCAAGUAGAAAUGGUCAGCCGAUCUCAAUCAAAAUAAACGGCUACAGAACGUUCAGCAGACGGCUACUCGGUUAGUAUUUACGGGGCGGGGUAUAUUCUUUGUAUAUUCUCUAAAUAACGCCUUUUCUCUUAUCAGAGACAAUUUUUUUUAUGGAGAAUGUGCUUUUUACCAAGUUUACUGAGCACGCAUUGGUACUUUUCAAUUGCGACCUGCACUCUAUGUUAGGCGGCCAUGUAAUCUUUGCGUAUUUAAAUUAAGCCUCUCCUUUUCCUGAGGCAAGAAAGACUUUUUACAUUAUUAGAGAAAUGAAAACUUUUUGCAAAGAUUAUCAUUUGACGGAAGAGAUUGGCAGAGGCAGGUUCGGCAGCAUUCGCCGUUGUGUAAAUACAGAGACUGGAGAAGUUUUGGCUUGUAAGAUCAUACACAAAGCCGAUCUGCGAGACUCUUUGGACAGGGAAUGCCUGCUCAACGAGAUCGCCACUCUGAAAUAUGUGUGCGGCCAUCGUGGAAUUGUUGAGCUCCGUGACGUUCAUGAGAAUGAUGAGUGCCUCUGGCUGUUCAUGGAGCUCUGCACCGGCGGAGAUCUUUUCGACAAAAUUGUCGAGAAGAAAAGAUUUGAGGAAAAAGAGGCGGCCGUGGUGAUGAAAAGGUUGAUGGAGACAAUCGGUUACUGCCACCGCAAGGGCGUCGCUCAUCGAGACCUCAAGCCGGACAAUAUUCUGUUCUCUUCCAAUUCCUUCUCCAAUGACAUUAGGAUCGCCGAUUUUGGCCAGGCUGCUUCAUUCUCUCCAGGGGAGAAGAUGAGUGGAAUAGUAGGGACUCCGUAUUAUGUGGCGGCGGAAGUACUGCAAGGGAAGGAUUACAAUGAGAAGGUGGAUAUCUGGAGUGCAGGGGUUAUUCUCUAUGUAAUGCUCAGCGGAAUUCCUCCCUUUAAUGGAGAUACACCGCAGGAGAUAUUUGAGGCAGUUCUGCGUGAAAGAUUGCGCUUUCCAAACGAGUCAUGGCUCACAAUUUCACAUUCUGCAAAGGAUUUAAUUCGACAAAUGCUCCGCAGAGACGUCCUCAGAAGAUUGAGCGCAGAUCAGGUCUUAGGGCAUCCUUGGAUAGUGGAAAAUUGUUCGGAAGUGUUUAGGCGAUAAAUUCCUUAGAGAAGAUUACUUUCUGAUAAAGAAAUUAUGGUUUCUGACAAAAUAUACAUUGUAAAAAAACUGCAAAUGAUGUCGGCCCCAAUUUUUAAGCGGGGAAAGCCAUG